CCUCUCCGCAAGAAAUAUCCUCCUCAACUCAGCAAUGACGGCCAAGAUUGCCGACCUUGGCAUGGCCAGAAUUAUGCCUCCAAAAAUAAAAGCCACCAUGACAAAAGCACCUGGCGCGUACAUCUACAUGCCUCCUGAAGCAUUGGAAGACGUGUCAAAAUACAACACUUCAAUCGACAUAUUCUCUCUGGGGGUCCUGAUCAUUUUCGUUCUGGCAGAAACGUUUCCAGACAAUCCUAAGGCCCCAAAUUACACAGAUGAGGUGAAGGGACUACUGGCUCGAACAGAACUCCAGCGCCGCGAAAACUACACCGAGAAGCUGUACAGAGAGUUUACCAAAACCCACCCACUAAUCCAGCUAAUGGAGUCCUGCCUGGAGAACAUGCCAAAGAGACGACCAACAAUUGAUGGAGUACAGCAGAUUCUAGGCCAGGCAGCAGCUCUGGUCCAGGGAGAGGCCCAGUUACACAAGCUGCAGUUGCUACAAAUGCUGAAGGAAAAAGAAGAACAACUUCAGAAAUACCUGACGGACGAGUCGAAAGAGUGCGAACAGAUGAGACAAAUACUGGCGGAAGAGAGGGCCAUAAACGCAAGGAUGGAGGAGGCAAAUCGAGAGCUGCAGGUACAGUUGGAAGCUACAACAGACGAACGAAGUCUACAGGCAAUCCGAGAUCGCGUGGAGCGCUACAUGAACGAACGGGACCAGCUGAAAGUGGCGGUGUCCCAAUAUCAGGAGAGAGACCGGGAACAGCAGGAGACAAUCCACAGUAUCCAGAUGGCUCUGGAAGAGGCAACCGCUCAGAACUCCAACCAAGACUCAACCGGUGUCUGGCAAGAUCAGGUAGCUUCUCUCACUCUCCAACUCGAAGAAUCCAACAAGCGGAUGCUCCGUUAUCGCGAGGAGCGCAACACGGCAAGGAUCAUGCACAAGUCCUUCCAGGAGCAGAUCAACACACUACAAGCCACCGUUGAACAGUUGCAGAACAGUCGGUCUUAUGACACGUACACCAGUGGGCAGCUG